CACGUUGCCAUGGGGACGCGUCCCUGGGCAACGCGGCGGUGAAGCGUGAUUUGGUAAUGCGUGUCCCACAACACAGCUCGGACUCAGUUCAUCUGGCUUCUGUUUCAAAUGAAACAGCUCGUUUUAACGGUGAAGAACAACAACAGGUGCUGAUCCACGAAGCUGCACUCCCACGCACCAUCAUCGUCUCCAGUGAACUUGUUCAGCCUGCACGGACAUAUUCAGUAGAACCGUGUGCCAAGACGACAUCAUGCCAGAAGAGAAGCAGCAGUCUCAGCCAUGCAGGAGCACAGACAAGAAGAAGAAGGAGAGGAAGAAAAGCAAGAGGUCCACUGCUUCCUGCUCUCCUCCACAGAAUUCAGAGAAACCUCAGGCGUCAUCUUUGCCUCCUGAGACCUUGCCGAUGUCCCUGCUGCCUCAUCGGAGUCUUAUCUCGGGUCAGUCUCAAAGCCAGCUGCCCAAGCCCAGAACUGCAAGUAAGAAAGACAGAGAACGGCCUGCCAGGAGUGGUCGGAAAAGCAAAAAACACACCAAGGAUUUAACGUCCCUGCUGACAGUGACAAGCAAAACAAGUGAGAGCGAAUCUCCAGUGCAGAGAUUUGUGGCAGAGGUCAGCACCCAGGCCAGGGAGAGCCUGAGGUGGGAGGGAGUGCUGAAGGACCCUCAGGCUGAGGAGAGGAGACUGGAGGUGUACAGGGCUAACAGGCGGCAGCGUUACAUCGCACACAGAGAGGCUCUGUUAAAAGAAAUGCAGUGAGACAGACUUCUCAUAAAAGGAGCAGAGAGAAAGAGCUUCGACUGGAUCUGAAUUAAAGAAGCUUAUGCUCUUA